GUCUCAGUGCAGUGUGGAUGUCUAUAAAAAGAUCGGCUCUCUGUACCCUGAGAUGAGCGUCCACGAACGAUCGCUGGAUUUCCUCAUUGACCUGCUGCACAAAGAUCAGCUGGACGAGACGGUCAACGUGGAGCCGCUGACGAAGGCCAUUAAAUACUAUCAGCACCUGUACAGUAUCCAUCUGGCAGAUCAGAGUGAAGACUGCACGAUGCAGCUCGCUGAUCACAUCAGAUUUACCCAGAGUGCCUUGGACUGCAUGGCGGUGGAGGUGGGUCGGCUGCGGGCGUUCCUGCACGCGGGUCAGGAGAAGGCCGACCUCGCCGUGCUGCUCAAAGACCUGGAGACGUCCUGCAGCGACAUCCGGCAGUUCUGCAAGAAGAUCCGCCGCCGGAUGCCGGGAACGGACGCGCCCGGCAUCCCGGCCGCGCUCCACUUUGGCCAUCAGGUGUCGGACACGCUGUCAGACUGCAGGAAGCACCUGACCUGGGUGGUGGCGGUGCUACAGGAAGUGGCGGCAGCCGGAGCUCAGAUGAUGUCGCCUCUCGGUGAACAGGAGGGGCUGUCGGCCGUCAAAUUGGAGGAUGUGGCGUUCAAGGCGGGAGAACAGAUCUAUGGAUCUCAGGGCGCCAACCCCUACGAGUAUCUGCGACAGUCCUGUGGGAUGGUCAUCGCCACCAUGAACAAAAUGGCCACCGCGAUGCAGGAGGGAGAGUACGACUCAGAGAAGCCGCAGAACAAG